AUGCCAUUCCACAAACAUUAUGCUGAUGGAUCUCCCAGACCUCUCUGCCGGGGUUGGUUGCAUGGAAUGAGUGCCCUGACCUCUCUUUCACUAACCUAUACAUUCUGGAAUGACAUCCCCUCAGUGGCAACCCCUGUAGUGAUCAAUAUCUGCUUCUUUCUGGUUGUUUCGAGCUUGGUGCACUUGGUUCCUUGGCAAUCCAAGACACUAGAAGAAGCAAUCACCAGAAUAGACAAGGCUUGUAUCUUGGUUCUCUGCUGGACUUCCUACAUGACUGCACAACUACACGAGAGUGAGGCUUGCAAACCCGACUUUGUUUUCUCCUUGGUUACAGUGGCAAUACCAGUUGGUUUGGGAAUUAUCGCAGUCCUUUGUGGUGCUGGUCCCAUUGCCUUUUGCACCUUUUUCUGUGCCAUUUUACCCAACAUGUGGUUUUAUGGAAUGCAUGUAGAGGACUCGGAGGUCUUUUACUGCAUUCUAGGAAGCACUGUUCUGUAUGCCAUUGGGUUUUACCUGUAUGGCAGCCAAACAGGUGGUCAUCAUCCUGUUUGGGGCUACCAUGAAUGGUUCCAUUUGCUGGCCACCAUUGGCCUUGUUGUGAGUGCUCGAGCAGUCUUUGCCUUUAGUGCCUACACAAAUGAAAUAUGCAGUCUGGGAAGCAGCACAUUGGCUGAGUCUGUGGUGGGCAUUGUGAGUUCCAACAACUACACAGAAGAGCUCUACAGCAGUACAACCACAAUUGAAGUGGAAGCAGUGACAGAAUUGUUAGUUUGGUCGGGACUGCGGCUUGACCUGUCUUUCUUACCAGCUGGUAUUUAG